GGCUGUCGCUCCUGUAUUAGUGAGGACUUUGAGCACACACAAGCACUGCUAAUUCACAGAGGAAUUUCAACAACCCAAUCAAGAAGAGCCUGAAGGAAGUUGUGCAGGAACAUUCAAAGCGCGAAGAAGGAAGGAUUUUCUUAUGACAUUUUGUCUCACUUUCCUUCUGUUUUCUUUGUGUUGCAUUCAAUGAGCUGCAGACAUAUCUAGAGAGACAGAACAAUGAGGAAAGCAGCAGUGUUUGUGUUUCUGCUGCUGAGCGCGGCUAUGGAGGUGAGUGGUGCUGCAGAUAAGAAGAAGGGAUCUGAGGCAGAAACCUCCAAGUUAGAGGGGAAGGUGAAGGCAAAAAAGGCUGAAAACACUGACGCCAUUCCUGCUAGUGACAUCAGUUCUUCAGCUUUUAAAGGUAAUCUGCUGGUGGUGCCGAUGGACGGGAGUCACUGGAUAGGUGUAAAAGCCAUUGCCCAAGAAAUGGGCCGCCGUGGACACCGGGUUACCGUGGUGUUGCCUGAGAUCUCCAUGCGGAUGGGCCCGGGGAAACACUACCACACUGUCACCCAUCCUGUUCCUUAUGACCAGGCUCAUAUAGACUCAGUGAUGGCCAAAAACACGGAAGCGCUGGAAAAAUCUGCAGAGUCUUUCAUGCAGAAGGUGCAGUCAAGAAUGUCACAGUUUCAGGCCAUCAUGGACAUGAUUCACGUCACUGCAGAGAGCUUGCUGUUCAACGACAGUAUCAUCACACAUCUGGCGCAGCAGAACUUUGACGCCGUCUUGACAGACCCCAUGGUGCCGACGGGCUCACUAAUAGCUCGGAAAUUAGGUCUCCCCACUGUUAACUUGCUGAGGGGUAUUCCAUGUUCCUUGGAUAUAAAGGCUGCAGGUUGCCCAUCCCCGCCAUCGUACGUGCCUCGCUUUUUCAGUGGAUUGACGGACCGAAUGACCUUCAUGGAGAGAGUUUUGAACAGUUUGAUAGCCCUGUUUGAGCCGCUGCUUUGCCGAAUCAUAUAUAUGCACUUUGACCACAUCGCCUAUCAGUUCCUGGGAGAGAAAGUGAGCAUCGCUGAAGUGCUGUCAGACUCUGAUAUAUGGCUGAUGAGGAUAGACUUCACACUGGAGUUCCCACGCCCUCUCAUGCCUAACAUGGUACAAGUUGGUGGCAUCAACUGCAAAGUUAAAAAUUGUCUGCCUGAGGAUUUGGAGUCCUGGGUGUCCGGAGAACAUGGGUUCAUAGUGUUCACUCUGGGAUCCAUGGUGUCAGAUCUGCCGGAAUCAAUCACCGCUGUCUUCCUGGAGGCCUUCAGACAAAUUCCACAAAAGGUGAUAUGGAGAUACACUGGGAAGGUUCCUGGCAAAUUACCAGAGAACGUGAGACUGAUGAAAUGGGUGCCUCAGAAUGAACUACUAGCACAUCCGGGUGCUCGAGCUUUCAUCACUCAUGCUGGUUCACAUGGUCUGUUCGAGGGACUGUGUCACGCUGUUCCCAUGCUGAUGCUGCCGCUUGGUGGAGACCAGGCUGACAACGCACACAGGAUGGCCAGCAGAGGAGCGGGAGUCAUGUUGGAUAUUACCGCCAUCACGACAGAAAGCCUUCUCAAGGGACUGAACGCCAUCAUUCAUGACACCAGGUAUAAAGAGAAUCUGCAGAAGCUGUCUGAUCUUCAUAAUGACCGACCAAUCGACCCGCUGGAGCUGUCAGUGUACUGGACAGAGUUUGUGAUGCGACACAAAGGGGCAAAACACCUCAAAGCUGCCGUCCAUGACCUCAACUUUUUCCAGUACUACUGCCUGGAUGUUAUAGCACUAUUAGUUACUGUCGUGCUGGUUUUUGCAAUGCUGACAGUUAAGUGUAUGAAAGUAUGCUUCCGGAGGCUGACCAGCAAGAGGAAGCAAGACUAACAAGAUUUUAGAAAUAACAAUAUGUGUAUCCGCAUCAUUUGUUAAGGGAAAACACAUCAUUAUCAGUAGAAACUUAAUGCAAAAUGUGUGUAAUUAGUUGUUUUAUAAAUCAGGCAUAAGAAGAACCAUGUGGUGAUCAAAAAGACAUUUAUUAAACAGAAAAUACAGAAUAUAAUUAGACUCCAUCAGGCUUGAGGGACAAUGAUGAGCAUUAGUGGCCUCCCUUCUUGGGGGGGAACAUGGUGUACUCUAUAGCCAGAGCAACAGUAAAAGCAGCAAAGCCCCACUUGAAUCCUCUCAGCAGAACUUCUGACAGAGUCACAGCACGAGCGAAGCCGCCUGAAUAUCUCCACGCUUCAUUGCUGUACAGAGAGAGAUUGAGAGUGACAGGACAGAAAGAUGGUGUCAGGAAUCUUAUUUGAUCAAAAAAUCUCACAUAUAUUCUCAUGUAGAUACAAAUACAGACCGUAACCAUGGGUCCUUGAGGCCCCUGGCUGCCAGCCUCUGCUGGGUGAACUCCAGCGGUGUUCCCUGCACCUUCCAUUGUUUCCAGUCUGGCAUUGACAACUUGCUGUGUCCAUGGUCACCUCCCAUGCUGAACAUAUAUAGAGAUACAAGCAAUUUAGCAGUCAUUUUUAAAGUUUAAACCUUCCUAGCAGGCAAGUAAAGAUCAGUUUGCUUCUCAUAUUCAUUUGCUCAACAUUGUUAUAUCGAGACAAAAACAUAUUUUCUCCAAUGUACUAUGAUUUUUUUUAUUUCAAAAGCUGUAUUUCCACUAGAGCUGAACGAUCAAUCGAUUUCAAGCCAAAAUUGCAAACUGAAACAACGCAAUUAGCAAAUGGCAAACGCUGAUAUUCAGAAUACAUUCUGCAGUACAUCUGACACUGGGUUUAAGCUGUCAUGUCAAUGGUUGUACAACUCCAUGCUGUUCUUCAUGUGUGUUUGUAACCUUUUGAUGGUUUCUCAUGUGACAGUGUUUAAAAUCUACACCAGUGUAGGACAUAGCGAAUAUUGAACUAAAGCUUGAAUUUAAAAACUUACAUUGCAAAUCAAAAUCACAAUAUCCCUCAAAAAACACAGAUAUCAUUCUGCCCUAACUCCCAUACCUGAACUACUACAAAUGUUGCAAUAAGCAAAUCACUUGUGUCUAUGUCCAGAAUCUGAUGUUAGUUGGAAUUUAUGUGAAAGGAACUAUUCUUGAAAGACACAUAAGGGUGGUGUAUUUCCUGUUAUACUUGGAUUUCAUUUUGACCAAAGUUGCAACCUGUUUCUGGAAAAUAAAUGUAAUCACCGGCACAGAAAAGACACAUAUAUUUGAGUUCGACUGACAUGUUUUUUUCAGGGCAGAUACUAGUUAUAAGUCAUCAAAGAGGGUCCAAGUACUGAUAUUUGAAGAUGAAAAUGUUGGUGUCAAAAUUUUGAAUAAAACAAACUGCAACACAAA